CAAUACUUAUAUACAUCUCGGCUAAUCUCGCGGAGAGCCUGGAAAAAAUUGUUAAAAAAAUAUAUUGUUUCCACACUAUCAGUACAGCGGCUGGCAUCAAGCAAUGGAGCUCUAGCAGUAGCAAAACUAGUAUCAAUAAAUAAAUCCCAACCUUUAUAGAAGGUGAACUGAAACAAUCAUUGGACAGCUAUAUUGUUCACGAACGACAGUGCCAUCCCAUGCCUCAUAUAACCUACGACAAAGUUUAAUAAUCAUCCAAGCAGCGGAAAUGUUACGUCGGAUGCAGCACUUUUCAAAAAACGUUUUACUGAAACGAAGGGUCAGUACAUGGUCUCCCUUGACCACUGCAUUUAACACUCGUCCGGAGAAAAGGAUUAAUUUUACCAAAAAUGAAGUGGGUCUUUUUGGAAAGCCGGAACUUACUUCGCAUGAAGGGUUUUAUGUACUCAAGGAAAAGGCUAUCUUUAAAACAGACGAUCUUAUUGAGGAAGCUACUUCAUUCAAUCGUUCACGCAAAAUGGUUGUUAUCUUCGACGAGCUCUCCGACACCUUGUGCAAAGUGGCGGACCUGUCAGAAUUCAUAAGACUAGCUCACCCAGCAUCAAAUUAUUGCUCGGCUGCUGAAGACGCUUGCAUCACGAUAAGCGGCAUUGUAGAAAAGCUGAACACACAUAAGAAGCUAUUCAACGCUUUGAAAAAUGUUGUUGACAAAGGAGACCAGUUUGAGACAAGCGAUGUCGAUAAACAUGUGGCCAGGCUGUUCCUGUUUGAUUUUGAACAAAGUGGUAUUCACUUGGAAGAAGAGGCUCGUCAGCGGGUGGUGUUUCUAAAUGAUUGUAUCCUUCAGCUUGGGCAACGUUUCAUGGCCGGAGCGGUUCAUCCCAGAAGCAUUUCAAAAAAUAUCCUCCCGGCAGCUGUUUUGCCUUUCUUUGCAUCGGAUGGUGAAAAUAUCCUCGUAUCCGGACUUUAUGCCGAUUCUGCUAACAGUGUGGCUCGUGAAUCGGCAUAUCGCCUAUUCCUUUACCCAGACGAACAGCAGGAGCGACUUUUGGCGGAGAUGCUUAAAUGCCGCAACGAGCUAGCAACCGUUUGCGGAUUUCCAACCUAUGCUCAUCGAGCGCUUAAAGCAAGCACUGUAGAAACACCAGAAAUGGUCGAUAUGUUUUUGGAUUCGCUGAACGAACAAUUGCAGCCUCGUGCGGCAAAUGAUUUUGCAAUUAUGCAGAAAAUGAAAUCUUUAGAAUGUGGGACUAAUGUUCCGCUGGCGGCUUGGGAUACCCCGUACUUCACAUCCUCACUAAAACGCAAACAUCUGCAGGCCAGUGCGUCAGAAUUUUCACCAUAUUUCAGUCUAGGGGCAUGCAUGGAAGGAUUAAAUCUAUUGAUGAAUAGUUUGUUUGGGAUUUCUUUAAGAAAUACUGAAAUGGAGCCGGGUGAAUCAUGGUUUCAUGAUAUAUACAAACUUGCUGUUGAACAUGAAACGGAGGGUUUGCUCGGUCACAUUUAUUGUGAUUUCUUUGAACGACAAGGAAAACCGAACCAAGAUUGUCAUUUCACAAUUCAAGGAGGCAAAGUAAUGCCGGACGGAAGUUUUCAAAAUCCAAUUGUUGUCGUCAUGUUGAAUCUUUCGCAACCCCGCUGGUCAGGGCCGACGCUGUUGACUCCCUCCAUGGUGGACAACCUAUUUCAUGAGAUGGGCCAUGCCAUGCAUUCGAUGCUUGCACGGACGGAAUUUCAACAUGUUACAGGUACAAGGUGCAGCACAGACUUUGCAGAAGUUCCCUCAGUGUUAAUGGAAUAUUUUGCCAAUGACCCACGCGUGUUACGGUCGUUCGCAAAACAUUUCCAAACGCAAGAACCCAUGCCAGAAAGCAUGUUAGAACGUCUCUGCACAUCCAAACAUUUGUUCGCUUCAAGUGAGAUGCAGUUGCAAGUUUUUUAUUCCGCUUUGGAUCAAGUUUACCAUGGAAAUCAUGAUAUGCAUGCAGAAAACACAACUCAGACGUUACAAAGAGUGCAAGAAAAGUAUUACGGCCUUCCCUAUGUCGAAAAUACAGCAUGGCAGCUGCGCUUUUCACACCUGGUUGGAUACGGUGCGAAGUAUUAUUCUUACCUUAUUUCACGUGCAAUUGCUUCCUGGAUAUGGCAAACAUACUUUGAACGGGAUCCAUUCAGUCGAACCGAAGGAGAGAAAUAUCGUCGAGGUUGUCUGGCAUACGGUGGCGGCAUUCCUAGUCGUUUGUUAGUAUCCAAUUUCUUAGGACGUGAAAUAACUCCCAGGAAUUUAACCUCGAGUCUGAUUAGUGAGAUAGAUACAUUUAACGAGCGUCUGAAGCACGUAGACGACUACUUCAGAUAGUCUAAUUGGUUUGAAACUGGUGUUUAAAUUAGUAAUGUGUGAAUAGCAAACCAAGGAAAUGAGAGCAAACAUAAAAUCGCGAGUUAAAACUAUUUAGUAAAAAAUCUUUUUUUAGCACAUCUGAACAUUAAACGGCCAUAAACGUUAUUCAUUAUGAGCGAGAGAAGCGUAAACGUAUGCCUUCAACUGAAAAAUGGUAAACCCCAAAUGCUUAUAAUUACCUUAUUGUAAAAUUACUUUGGGUUAUGUUCGGAGCUCAUGUUCUCAUUUGAAUCAUCUUGCGUUGGUUCAUAACAACAUACCUUGAAAUGUUUUCCAAUUAUUAUUACAUAUACGCUCUUCGCAGAUUUAUUACAAAAUGUACAUGCGGAUGUUUAAAAUCAAACAGCAGUUCAAGUCUAAUGCCUUUUCUCAGUAGUCUGCGAUGAACAUUACUUUUUGCUCAUCUUUUAAUCGAAUGAAUUUGAACAGUAACUCAAAAAUUCUUUAAAUUCAUUUCAUUAGUGAUAAAAAGAAAAGUCUACUACAAAAGAAUGCUUCUCAAUGUGUAUGUUGUUUCUUCAGUUUUGUGACGAAUCCUUGUAUAUCCCUAUAGUUCGCAGUUGUUUUUAACAAACAAAAAGAUAUUUUCACAAACACCUGCUCAAUUUUACAAUUUAUAAAGUAAAACGUAGUUUUUUAGAGUAAACGAAAGGAAUUAGGCAACGUAAUUAUACUGGUUUUGGUUGUCCUUAUCACGUUCCAUAUAAUCUCGAUCUAUCAAUGAUUCGAUUCGCUUCUUUAAAUCGGCCGGCUGAAAAAAAAAGGAAUUUGAAAAGGUUACAUGAUUUGAUAAAA